AUGGCUGAAUCCGAUCCAUUGAUAAAGAAUCAUCUUCAACGCUUCCAAAAUAAUGAGAUUUGUUAUCAUUAUCUUAGUCCUACCAUCCAGAAAGAGUUGAUAUUGUUGAUAUCUUGUGAAAUCGAAGCUGCAAUCAUUCAAAAAGUCAAAGAAGCUAAAUAUUUUACCGUGAUACUUGAUUGUACUCCUAAUUUUAGCCGCCAAGAACAGAUGACCUUGAUCAUAAGAUGUGUGAAUGUGAACAGUACUCCAGUAAAAGUAGAAGAAUAUUUUUUGCAAUAUUUGAUUGUGAGUAACACAUCAGGACUUCUUGAAGAGUUGCAUAAUGUAUUAAAAGUUCUUGAUCUUGAUAUUGAUGAUGUGAAAGGGCAAUGUUAUGAUAAUGGAUCAAAUAUGAAAGGGAGACACCAAGGUGUACAAAAGAGGCUUUUGGAUAUAAAUCCUAGGGCAAUGUACACUCCAUGUGGUUGCCAUAGUCUUAACUUAACACUUUGUAAUAUGGAAAACUCUUGUGGCAAAGCGAAAGACUUCUUUGGAACAGUACAACAACAAGUACAAGGAUUGAUCACUUAUUUUGAAAAGUACAUAAAAACUAGGUUUGUGGAGGCUAUGAUGAAUGCUAAAAAACUUGCUAUUGAAAUGGAAAUUGAUCCUGUAUUACCAGAAAAGUGUCAAAGAAGGUUUGAAGAAUAUCAAGUGUAUGAUGAUAUAUUUGGGUUUUUGUUCACUUCAGAACAGUUGAAUUUGAUGGACAAUGAUAAAUUGAAAGAUUGUUGUCAUCGGCUACAAAACUUUCUCAAGAAAGACGAGCUCUUUGAUGUUGAUGGGGAUGCAUUAUUAAUAGAGUUGAAGCUUUUACAAGAGCAUUUGCCAAAAGAAAUAAAGAUAUCCAUUGACAUAUUGAACUACUUGAAGAGGAUGCGUUGUUUCCCGAUUGUACGAAGAGCCAUCUUUAAGUGA